AUGAUGCGGGUACAAGUCAAAGAGGGGGAGAUGACGAAGACCAUCUACACGCACAUCAUGGAGCAGAAGUAUGACAAGGCAGUAAAGAUCCUAAAUCAGCAGCUGCAGUUCUUUCCCGAGAGCCGCUGUGCCCUGUCAUUGCUCGGAUAUUGCUACUACCACAUGCAAGACUUUGCCAGUGCCGCGGACAUAUAUGGUCAGCUUGUACAAGUCGUUCCAGAGAUCGACGAGUACAAGAUAUACCAUGUCCAGAGCCUGAUCAAAGCAGGCUUGUACGAGGAGGCUAGCCAGGCUUGCACUUCAGUGGAGUCGCCGGAGUACACUGAGCGGGUGCUGAUGCUGCAAGCCACGAUUUCCUAUGAACAGGAAGAGACGCAGCUGGCCCGUAGCAUCCUGGAUCAAUGUCAUCCAGACUCUGAGGAGAGGCAGGUCUUCGAGGGUGCGCUGCUUUGGAAAGAGAAGCGGUACGCCGAAGCCAUGAAGCUAUUCAACGAUGCGAUAACAAGCACCGGCUAUCAGGCAAGCCUUGCCUACAACAUUGCCCUGUGCUACUAUAGCUCCAAGCAGUAUGGUCCGGCGUUGAAGCACAUCGCCGAGAUCAUCGAGCGGGGUGUGCGGGAUCAUCCGGAGCUGUCCGUAGGAGCUUUGUCAGAAGGCGACCUGAAAGCUCGGAGUGUGGGCAACACCUCCGUCCUGAGGGAAACUGCCCUCAUCGAAGCCUUCAACCUCAAGUCUGCAAUAGAGUACAUGACGAAAAACAUGGAAGCUGCUAAGGACGCCUUAGCGGACAUGCCGCCUCGGGACGAGUCGGAGCUCGAUCCAGUCACGCUCCACAACCAGGCCCUCAUCGAGAUGGAUGAGAAGCCUACUGAAGGCUUCCGCAAGCUCAAUUUCCUGCUUAACCAGCAACCCUCCCCCCCAGAGACCUUUGUCAACCUCCUGCUGCUGUAUUGCAAGUACAGCUGCCCGGAUGAAAGCUACUAUGACCUCGCAGCCGACAUUCUAGCGGAGAAUGCCGAGCUCACCUACAAGAACAUGAAGCCUGAGGAUUAUGAAUUCUUGGAUGCAUUGAUUUUGGGCCAGUCUUCGCCUGAAGAAGCAUACCGGCGCUUCGACGAGCUGUCGGCAAAGCAUGUCGAGAUGUUGCGGAAAGGAACCAAGAACAUCCAGGAUGCAAGACGGCAGCGGGAUCAGACCCAGGUGAAAAAGUAUCUGGCUGAGUUCGACGACGCCCUGGCAAAGUACAUACCGGUACUCAUGGGCCAGGCCAAGAUUUACUGGGAGCUGGAGAACUACUCCAUGGUGGAAAAAAUCUUCCGCCAGUCUGCCGAAUUCUGCAGCGAAGAUGAGUCGUGGAAGCUGAACGUGGCCCACAUCUUCUUCAUGCAGGAGAAGUUUAAGGAGUGCAUUCGCUACUAUGAGCCCUUUGUGCGAAAGCACAACGAUGACCUGCUGAACGUGACUGCGAUCAUCCUGGCCAACCUUUGCGUGGCGUAUGUCAUGACCUCGGCCAAUGAGGAGGCGGAAGAACUUAUGAGGCUUGUGGAGCGUGAGGAGGAAAAGGUGAAGGACCCGUCAAAACCGGUCUACCACUUGUGCAUCAUCAAUCUGGUGAUCGGAACUCUCUACUGCACCAAGGGCAACUUCGAGUUUGGCAUUAGCCGAAUCAUCAAGUCCCUGGAGCCGUAUGACAAGAAGAUCGGCGUCGACACCUGGUACUAUGCCAAACGGUGCAUGCUAGCUCUUGCAGAGACCCUCGCGAAGAAUAUGGUCGUGCUGAACGACGAAGUCUUCGACGACAUCAUCGCUUUCCUGGACUCCGCCGAUCAGGUCGGAAAGAACAUCGGCACAACCAUCAACGUGGUUGAGGCUGCCAACGAAGAUGCAGCAAGCAAGCGAACAGUCUCCCAAGAGGCAAGAAUGAUAAAACGCUUCUUCCUGAAACUUAGAGACUGA